GAAGCUACAAACCCAGCAGCUAGUGGAGAGGAGCAGGCCGGGUGCCUGGGCUACCAGGCAGCGACAGCUGGGGGGACCCUAGAACCGGCGGUUGCCGCUGCCUCCCGAGGGACCCGGGAAGAGGGACCAGCCCCCUUUCCCUACCCCGCCACCUCCCCCCAUCCCACCCUACCCCCGCCUCCCCUUCCUUGCUCCCCCCCACCCCGGCUUCCCACCACGGCCGCUCUCGGCGAGGAAACUCUGGCCUCCGCUUCCUCCUCCUCCGACUCGGACACCGGCGGCGCCUCCCCGCCACCGCGGAAGAAAGCGCGGGCCUCCCCGGCGGCGGCGGCGGAGGGAGCAGGAGAGCCCGGGGCUUCUGCGGGCAGAGCAGGCCUCACCUCGUCCCCGUCCCCCUCGCUCUCCGCCGGGCUCGCCCCUCCUGCUGCCAACCCCCUCAGAGCCAGCGGCAGCGCCGGCAGCACCACCAGCAGCGCCAUGCAGGCCAACGGGGCAGGAGGGGGGCAGCAGCAGCAACAGCCGCCGUCGUCGCAGGGUCCCGAGUUGGGCUGCCUCGGCGCCCAGAACGGCGAGGCCUCGUCUGGCUCGACCGCCGGGGAGCAGCUGGCUCACGCCAAUGGGCUGUUGCCUUCGGCCAACAGCGGCGGCGGCGGCGGGCUGAGCGUCAACAACGGGGUCUCGGCCCCCGGGGGGUCCGCGGCCGAGAUGGGGGGAGGCAGCGGCGGCAGCGCCCUCAAGAAGAAGAAGCGGCUCUCCCAGUCCGACGAGGACGUAAUCCGGCUCAUCGGGCAGCACCUUCACGGGCUGGGCCUCAACCAAACUGUUGAUCUUCUAAUGCAAGAAUCAGGGUGUCGUUUAGAGCAUCCUUCUGCUACCAAGUUCCGCAAUCAUGUCAUGGAAGGAGAGUGGGACAAGGCUGAGAAUGACCUGAAUGAACUCAAGCCUUUAGUGCACUCUCCUCAUGCGAUUGUGAGAAUGAAGUUUUUGCUGCUGCAACAAAAGUAUCUAGAAUAUCUGGAGGAUGGUAAGGUUCUGGAGGCACUUCAAGUUCUACGUUGUGAAUUGACACCGCUGAAAUACAACACAGAGCGUAUUCAUAUCCUCAGUGGAUAUCUGAUGUGCAGUCAUGCAGAAGACCUGCGGGCAAAAGCAGAAUGGGAAGGAAAAGGAACAACCUCCAGAUCUAAACUUUUGGACAAACUCCAGACUUAUUUACCACCAUCAGUGAUGCUCCCCCCAAGGCGUCUGCAGAAUCUGCUGCGUCAAGCUGUGGAGCUACAACGAGACCGGUGCCUCUAUCACAAUACCAAACUAGAUAACAAUCUAGAGUCUGUAUCGCUGCUCAUAGACCAUGUUUGCAGUAGAAAACAGUUCCCAUGUUACACACAACAGAUACUUACAGAACACUGUAAUGAAGUGUGGUUCUGUAAAUUCUCCAAUGAUGGCACUAAACUAGCAACAGGAUCAAAGGAUACAACUGUUAUUAUAUGGCAGGUUGAUCCAGAUACACACCAGCUAAAACUACUCAAGACAUUGGAAGGCCAUGCUUAUGGUGUUUCCUACAUUGCUUGGAGUCCAGAUGACAACUAUCUGGUUGCCUGUGGCCCAGAUGACUGCUCUGAGCUUUGGCUCUGGAAUGUACAAACAGGAGAGCUGAGGACGAAGAUGAGCCAGUCUCACGAAGAUAGCUUAACCAGUGUGGCCUGGAAUCCAGAUGGAAAACGUUUUGUAACAGGAGGGCAGCGUGGACAGUUCUACCAGUGUGAUUUAGACGGUAAUCUACUGGACUCCUGGGAAGGAGUGAGAGUGCAAUGCCUAUGGUGCUUGACUGAUGGGAAGACUGUGUUGGCAUCAGAUACACACCAGAGAAUUCGGGGUUAUAACUUUGAGGACCUUACAGACAGGAACAUAGUACAAGAAGAUCAUCCAAUUAUGUCUUUCACUAUUUCAAAAAAUGGCCGGUUAGCUUUGUUAAAUGUAGCAACUCAGGGAGUUCAUUUAUGGGAUUUGCAAGACAGAGUUUUAGUGAGAAAGUACCAAGGUGUUACACAAGGUUUUUACACGAUUCACUCAUGUUUUGGAGGCCAUAAUGAAGAUUUCAUCGCUAGCGGCAGUGAAGAUCACAAAGUAUAUAUUUGGCACAAACGUAGUGAGCUGCCAAUUGCGGAGCUGACAGGGCACACGCGAACAGUCAACUGCGUGAGCUGGAACCCACAGAUUCCAUCCAUGAUGGCCAGCGCUUCUGAUGACGGCACUGUUAGAAUAUGGGGACCAGCACCUUUUAUAGACAACCAGGAUAUUGAAGAAGAAUGCAGUAGCAUGGAUAGUUGAUGGUGAAUUUGGAGCAGACGACUUCUGUUUAACUUAAAUUUAGUCGUAUUUUAAAUGGCUUGGGAUUUGGUGCAAACAAACAUGAUUGAUAGCUGGACAGACAUGCUCGUCAUGAAAAAAAAAAGAACCAUUUCUGAAGCCCGACUGGGGCCAAACAUUUUACCACCUUGCUUCAUAGUAAACAGUUGAGAUGAAGCACGUCGUUAGAACGUUGUUGGACACCAUGUUGAAGUAACCCCCCCAUCGGUUGUGAAGAACUGUGCUACAUUCAGGCUAACCAUUGAACUCCGUAUAUACAUUUUCCCUUCUGCCAUUUUGUCAGGCAGAUUACUGUUCUUGUUGCUCUUCUGUGUAAUGAAGUUUAAAUGCUUGUUUGGAGAACCUUUUUAUUUAACAGUUUAGAAGGCUUGAUAGAAAGAGUGCUUUAGUCUGAAGAGUACAUGUUGGAUAGGAAAGUAUUUCCUUCUCUUGUUUCUCUGAGUCUCUCUCUGCCUUAUUUAGCUUGAGAUCUUUGCAGCUUGGUUCAUGGAUUCUAGCCUUGCCCGUUGCGCAGUAUAUCUAAACCCAGAUGUUAAACCAGUUAAUGACAAGACAAGCACUCUCAGUAUCACACUUGACAAAAGGUUUUGUACUUUUCACAUAGCUUGUUGCCCCAUAGAUGGGUUAACAGCACAAUUUUUUUUAACAAAGUAAAUUAUUUAUAGCAUUAAAAUGACUUCAUUUGUAUACAUUUGGAACUUAAACCAGCUUAAAAAGUGUCAUCUACAAGUAAAUGCAGUAUAACUGGUGCUCCUCUGGAGUGUUAUGUAAGACCAUUUGGAUGGCAGGAGUUUUACACAGAUUAUAUGAAGUAUUAUUUUAAAAAAGAAACCUUGUUUACUACUAUAAAAAUUGGGAACUUUCACAAUCACCAACUAAAGAAGUACAAUGUAAUUUCUGAAGUUAAUAAAUGAGAAUUCCAAAUUGGCCUUAACUUGUGCAAUGAUUCUUAUUUAAAAGUUCUAAACUGAGGGCAGUACAUGUAACACUAUCUUCAAAAAUUAAUAAGAUGUGUCUCCUUAAUUGAAAUGCAUACAUUGUACAAGCUUUCCACAUUGCCCACUGUCCAGGGCCCUUUUCUGAGAUAGUGCCUAUCCAUUGCCUGGCACUAGGGUCCUUGACUUUCUGUGUGCAAAAUAGUAAUACUAAAAAAAGAAAGAAACAUAGCUUGGUGUCUGCUCUGUUUACUUCAGAAUAGGUUUGACUUACCCCUCAGUUAAAGGAUGAAAAUACUACUUAAGGCCAUCCUCAAGUUUAAAACUAGCAAGAAAGCAACUCAUAAUGAAAAGAACUACAACAUUUUGUGAGAUCAGAUAGGAUAGAAAACAAAGAUGGCAAGAAGUCUUUGGCUUCAGGAGAAGAGAGAUCCAGAAUUGGAAGGAAAUUUGUUUGUAUUUGUGCUCAUUUAUUUUAAAUGCAGAGGAAUAGGAUAUAGAGUGGUCAUUGCACUUGUGUAUAUCCCUUGUCUCAUUUGCUUUGGUUUUCCUUCAGGGCCUUUUGAUUUGAUGAGAGACUGCUAGUUAAACCUUUAAACCAGGAGGAGUAUUCUGGUAACUUAAUACAGGCAAUUCAGUUCAUCUCAAAGAUUCUUUGAACAAAUAAAACACUCUUUCAGUAACACCUAAAAGUGCAUGUGCAGGCCACGUUUACAGAGAAAUCCUUUUUUUUUUUUAAAGAAUGCCUUCCUCUUCUGUCCUAUAAUGGAUUAAGGAGCAGAAAAGAACCAUAUAUCUAUUUGUGAGCUCCUUUAAAUUGUUCCAGAUUAUUUUGUGAAAAUGUUUACUUUUCACUUGUCCAUUCAUGUGUAACCUCUUAAUUUGACAUUAAGAUUUUUAUUACUGGCUUUUAUAGUCUACUUUUCAGCCUGUAUAAAAAUAUUUGCAGAUAUUCCCAUUCUGUAUGCUAAAACUUUACACAUGUAUUUCUGACAUGGUGCUAGAACUGCUUGCUAACACAAAAAGUAUCUUCAGAAAUUUAGAGAGCAAGUCAAGGAUGAAAUCUAGCAUAUACCAAUUAUCAGUUUGAUUUGCAUUCACUGAUUUCUAUAGGCUUUUUCAUCUGAGGCUUGUAGUUGAGACUGCCUGUGUAAGCCUCCUACAUGUUUUUGAGCCUUUUGCUUUCUUCAGAAUGCUUAACACCAGCUGAAAGUAAGUUGAGAACACCAGAAUGAACUUACUGCUCAUGCUUUCCUUAUUAAGGACCACCAGGAUUAAAAAGAACUUCAUACUGUGGAGUUAAAUGAGAAGCAUGUGUUUCAACAGAUCCACUUAUAAACCUAGUAAUGUAAUAUAGGCUAUGCAACUUUAAUGGAAGAGCUUCAGAUGGGAUAAUGUACUUGAGCUGCCGGACAGAGUCCUCACCAGUGUAAGACAACACACUGAACCAAAUGAAACCAAGUCAGGAUUUCCUUGCAGUAAAUUUGACUGUACUAAUAACUGCUGAAAUUCUUUCUGAGACAGAGAUAGCCAGCCUAAAUUCUUCUUAAUGCAUUUCUAAUGUGUAGAUUGAUUAAAAGCACCACUACCAUAUUUCUGAUAAACCAAAGUUAAGACAAUUGUGGUAGUCGUAGAUGAGGAAUAGGCGUAUCUGCAACGUUCAUAUAUGAAAGUAAAGGCUGUUGUACACUGUAAAGGCUGGAGCAAUCACUAAUAGCUGGCCAUAUCAUACCCUGGGCAGAGAAGGUGUUACAUGUGAAGGAGAUAAUGUAGUUCACAUUUUGCCUUAGGUUUUUGCACCCAUCAAAGUAUGCACACUGACUCUAAAUCACUACUCUACCUUACCACAGUACUUCAGGGCUGAUCAGGUAAGUUUUUUUUAGGAGCACAAAAGAAAUGAGAUUUAAUUUUUAUACUGCCCUUAAAAAUAAGUAAAUGAUUAGUUCCCUCAACAUUCUUUAAUUUAUUAAGUUCCCUUAUUAAAGUUUAGUUUGAAACACAAAGCAGAACACAACUUUUAAUGUGAAGUCAAUGAAUGCUACCCAAUUUUGCCAAUAAAUACAUUCUGGCUUCCAAGCAGGUAUUGUUGAAUGUAAUUAAUCUAAUACUAGGUAUUGAGUGCCAUCUUAAAUAAAAUCUCCCAUCCCAAAGGAUAAAGAAGGCUUUAAGUCAAAAUGUUAAGUUCACAAUACAUAUAUAUGGGGAAGGAGAGUUGUAAAAAAAUUUUUUUUAGUUAACAGCAGAAGAAUGUCUAGUUUGUAAUUUGGGGUAGGAAGUGAACCCAUUUUUACUAAGACUUGAUGCCCUUUGUCAAUACCCCAAAGCACACAAGUUGCCUCAAUUUGAUACAUUUCAAACAAACAGUUUAAACUGGAGUAUAAAUCCUGUAUAUGAUCAAAAUGUAUAUUACAUGGCUUGAGUCCAUUUUCAGCUGCCAUAGAACAAAUGGCUCAUUUGACAAUUAGUAGAAUUUUGGAAACACUUUGACACUUUUUGAACAGGGUGGACUUAAUUGAUUUGUGCAGUGUUGUCUGCAGUAGCUGCUCUAGUUGCUGGAACACAAAGUAGAAACCCAUUUCUUGCUUGCUAAUUCAGAUUAUUUGGAUUCAGCAAAAAUGUGUGUGCGUGCGUGUGGUAUGAACGUGUGUGCGUGAAACACAAAGUCAUGGAACCAAUUGUUCUAGGUACAUGUCAUGUUUUACUGCAUACUUUAAGUCAUGUGUGUAUGUGAAGUGUCCUCUGACUAUUAAGAUUUUGGUUAAUACCAAUAUAUUUUUAUAAAUUUGAAAUUCAGUGUGCCCCAUCUUUUAAGUGUUUCAUUGUUAGGAUAAAUGUACUAGAUUUAAUUCUUAACACUUCUUGGCACAGAUGGAAAAAGUGUAUCGGCUCCUUGAAAAUGUAUGAGGAAGAAACAGAUCCUCAAAGCAUGUGUGUACUUACAAACCAAGCUGUAGAGAUCAAGAAAAGAACUUUUGUUGUUCUCAAAUUUCUAAAUUGUCAAGAUUUAUAUGGAGUUGUGGUGGAACUAGUUAACACUUAGAGCUUUUGGUAUGUAAUGACUAUUUGCUAUGGACUGAUAUUAAAUGUUUCAAAGGAUUGCAUUCUUAAACUUUCUGGAUUUUUGUUACUUUCCUCUUGAAUUAUAUUAAGUAGUUAAAAAUUUCUUUACUAUAUAACAUUAAAACAUAAGAAAUUUGGGUCUCCAUAUUUAUUUUCACUUGUUUUACUAAUUAUUUACAGAACACCUUUUUAUUUUAUAAAUAUGUAGUAUAUUAAACAUCUUUAAAAUGUUUAGUUCAAACAAAUUAAUUUCUGAUUUGUUUUUAUGGGGUUUUUAAAAAAUUACACUUUUCCAUGUUGGUGCAUAGCACUUAACAAAUAUUUGUAUUCCCUUUCUUUCCAAUUCAAUAAACAGAAUGGAUAACUGGA